AUGCGAGAAGUAGCUAAUUAUUGUAUUAUAGAUGCAUUACGUUGUCAAGAGCUUUUGGUAAAGCUAAGUCAAAUAAAUGAUUACAGAGAAGUCGCUUCUAUAGCUCAUGUAUCUUUGUUCGACUCACACUAUCGUGCAAAUGGAAUGAAGGUACGAAACCUUCUGGGCGCUUAUGCUUUUAAACGUGAUAUGGUAUUUAGCUCAAGAGUAUGUGAAAAUAUAGAAAAAGGAAAAUAUCCUGGUGCGUACGUUUUUCCACCUGAAAAGGGAAUUGAAACGAGAAGACCUGUAACGGGAUUGGACUUUGCCUCAUUAUAUCCCAGUCUCAUCAUGGCUUACAAUCUCUCUCCAGAUAAAAUAAUACUAACACAUGGAGAGGCUGAUAUUGCGGAAAAAAAUGGAAACAUUUUACAUAAGAUUGAGUUUCCAUUCAAUAACUACACUAUCCAAGCUAGGAGUAUAAGACAUGAUAAUAAAUUUGAAAAGAAGGGCUUAUAUCCAGUUGUAUUAGAGGAUUUAUCUAACAAGAGGAUAGAGCUUAAAGCAUGUCUGGCCCCACUAGAAAAGAAAAGGCAACAUCUUGGGAAGAUAAUAAGUUUAGCUAAAAAAAGAGGCAAAAGGGUAUAUAUGAAUACUUUUUAUGGGGAAGCAGGCAACUCAAAAUCUCCAAUCUUUCUCCGUGAAUUAGCUGGAGGAACUACUUCAGCAGGAAAAUAUAACCUUAAUCUUGUCGCAGAAUUCGUAACAAAGAAAGGGUUUGGGAUAAAAUAUGGUGAUACCGAUUCUUUAUAUUUCAUCUGCCCAGAUAAGUAUUAUGAAAAAUGUGAUGAAUCCUUUUCCAGAAAAGAUCUUUCUAAAGAAGCGUAUUGGACCGAAAUGGUCAAUAUUACUAUGAUUGUGAUGAAAAGCUUGCGUGAUCAAGUAAAUGCUUAUCUUAGGAUAAAGAAUGGCACAUCUUAUCUUAAGAUAGCAUAUAAAGAGGUAUCUUUUCCUGUCUGCUUCACUGGCAAGAAAAAAUAUUUCGGUAUAUCGCAUGAAGAUGUGGUUAAUUUUAGGCCAAAUGAUCUUUUUAUGAGAGAAAUUGAUAUUGCGAAGCAAGGGAAUUCUGAGCUCUUCAGGUUUAUCGGAGAAAAGAUUAUGUGGGAGUGGGAUUUUAAUCAGUUUAUUUCAAUGUCUAAAUGGAAGGCUAAAGAAGGCCUCGCAUGUAAUAAAAUCUUUAUAGAGCGGAUGAGAGAAAGAAUAGCAAGCGGAGAAAAAAAUAUAAAGAUCCCUGACUCUGACGAACACUUUAACUAUAUCAUUGUGAAUGAUGGCCCUCGUUAUAAAAAAGAUGGUUCAAAAUCGACAAAAAAGGGUGAUUAUAUGGAGUUUUCAGAAAUUGCAAAAGAGUUUAAUAUGAAGAUAGAUAUUGGACACUAUUUAGAACAAACAGUAGGAAUGUGUGCACGUUUUAUCAAUAAGGAUAAUAUGUUCCUACCACCCUCAUCAGAUAAAAUAAUGCAGAUUAAAGAUUCAGAUAUAAAAGAAAAACAUAUCGAUAAAUAUUCCCAGAAAAAGGCAAAAAACUGGCUUAUUAAAUAUAUCAAGA